AUGUCAGCCUCAUUCUUCAACUUCACCUAUAGCUACUACAUCAACUACCACAACAAUCACAUCUUUCACUUCAACUUCAACUACUACUACAUCAACUACAACUACCGCUACAACUGCAUUUACAACUACAACUACAUUUACAACUACAACUACAACUACAUUUACAACUACAACUACAACUACAACUGCAUUUACAACCACAACCACAACCACAACUGCAUUGACAACUACUACUGCAUUUACAACUACAACUACAACUACAACUGCAUUUACAACUGCAUCUACGUAGUAUCACAGCAACAGCACAUUCGCCAUGACCGACAUGUAAACAUGUUUACGCAUGCGGCCUCUGGCUAG